UGCUGGUUGUUUGAGGUGAAGUUGAAGAGAUCAUUAUGUCUGGACGAGGCAAGCAGGGAGGCAAAGCUCGUGCCAAGGCCAAGACCCGCUCUUCUCGGGCCGGGCUGCAGUUCCCCGUGGGCCGAGUGCACCGCCUGCUCCGCAAGGGCAACUACGCCGAGCGGGUCGGGGCCGGCGCGCCGGUGUACCUGGCGGCGGUGCUGGAGUACCUGACGGCCGAGAUCCUGGAGCUGGCGGGCAACGCGGCCCGCGACAACAAGAAGACGCGCAUCAUCCCGCGCCACCUGCAGCUGGCCAUCCGCAACGACGAGGAGCUCAACAAGCUGCUGGGCAAAGUGACCAUCGCGCAGGGCGGUGUGCUGCCCAACAUCCAGGCCGUGCUGCUGCCCAAGAAGACCGAGAGCCACCACAAGGCCAAGGGCAAGUAAUGGCCUAGAUUAGUUUACAGUAUGUCGAAUAAGUCGAGUCCAAACCAAAGGCUCUUUUCAGAGCCACCCAUCUUUUCUGGAAAAGAACUUAACGCUUGUUUUACAUUGGAUGAGAAAGUAAGAUUUACCGGGAAAAGUUGAGUCACAACUAUCUUUUUGAAAGCAAAACAUCAUUGAUUAAAAGCAAAACUGCAGGGACAGUAAGGUUUGUAUCUCACCUAAAAAGUUAUUUGAAGUGAUUGUGAGUAGACCUAUUAGAUCUCUUGCUUAAACAUCUAGUUGACGUGCGUCCAUAAGGAGCCGUUAUGUUCCUCUGUUUCUGAAAUGUGGUAGAAAAGUACUGCCCUGCUUCGAAUUUAGGAGACGAUGCAGCAAGCAGCUGACCACCAAGGCUGCCUGCAAGGGAGCGCCGGCCACGGGCGGCGUGAAAAAGCCCCCCUGCUACCCGGCUAGCACGGUGGCCCUGCGCGAGAUUCGUGACUACCACAAGUCCACCGAGCCUGCUGAUCCGCAAGCCGCCAUUUCAGCGACUGGUGCUCGAGAUCCUGCAGGGCUUUAGACCGAACUGCACUUCUAGAGCUCGGUCUCGGUAGCGGUGGAGGAAGGGUGCGAGGCCCACCUAGUGGGGCUCUGCAGAGACAGCAAUCUGUGCAUCAUCGAUGCCAAACGCAUCACCAUCGGGCUCAAGGGCAUCCAGCCCCGCUACAGAUCAACGGAGAUCUUCAUGACACCAUAGUCUACCCCGCCCAAAGCUGUCUGUCAGAGCCACAUACAUUUUUCCAAAGAGUACUUAUGCUGUGAGCCACUCCGCUCACCGCCACCUUUAGUUUUGCUAAAUGAAAUGAGUAAAAUGUUGGGAUUACAUCUGUAGGUGUGACACCAUUCUGGAGCCCAGGAAAGAUCUCUCGUGUUUGGGAUGCGCCUAAAAUCUGAAGAGCCGUUGCCUAAGGAGAAUUUGGCAAGGUAGUUAUUUCUAACAAAGUCCGAACCAAUCAAGACGUUUGAGGAAAUAUUUACCAUAACUAUUGCCAUUGAAAUGUAAAGUUGCUAAUCACAUAGGCUGUUAAACUUCUGCCUCACAGACUUAAAAAUGUGUGUGGGGUAAGGAAAAUAUAAAUGAGGUUAGGGUAUGGUUCCACAAAGGGGCUGUUUAUAAGUGUUGGAGGCUCCUGACAGAAACUGAGGCCUCUCAGCAAAUCUAACAUGGUUAUCUAUGGAAAAGGGCUAUUUAAUGUGACAUUACAAGUAACUUCUGUUGUUUUUGUAACUAAAUAAGGAAUACCCCUGCCAAUGGUGUUUAUUGCCUAGGUUGCACAAUCUUGCCUCCUACUCUGCUCACUGAACUCCUUUAACCAAUGUCAUCUGAAAAAAAAGGCGUACUUUUUUUUUCUUGAAUAUCAUAGACACCUUUGACUGUGUGGUGACAUUUAUGGAAAACCUUCUCAGAAUGUUUUAAGUGUAUAAAAGGAAAAAUUGCAAAAGAAAAUUAUUACAUUACAGUUAUCAAAGUAUUUUUAAAAAUAAAUUUGAUAGAAGACAUACGUGCUUAUAUAGUUAGCACAUUACAGAAUACAGUCUUUUGGUGAGCUUAAUAAAUGCCAUCAGUAAUUAAAUGAGUAUAAAUGAUGGUUCAGGAUAACUCAUUGUUAUGAGAAAUAAGACAUCUGUGAUUUCCGUUGGGUAACAAAGUAACAGGUACUGAGGUUUGUGACCUAAAUUCAUAAUAAACUAAAAUGCCAAA